UCGCGGCAGUUGUCGGAAUAUUUUCUAACAUUUUAUUCCUCACCUAUCGUUAAAUUAAAAAUACGUUUUUAUAACGUUUAAUAGACACGCUGAUUAAAUUUUAAAUUUCAAAUUUUCAUAACGGAAUAAAUCUUCUGGAUUACUAAUCAUUGGCAAAAGAUCUUAUUAAAGAUUUCAAUAAUGAUUCGAAAAUUGUCCACUAAUCUGAUCAUCAGCCUUGCUUUCAUUGUCUGUACUUACUUCCGACCAGCUGUAACUAUUGAUCUCAGCCGAUUUUAUGGACAUGUUCAUUCUAAACGUUCAGGGGAUGCUUGCCACCCUUACGAGCCAUUUAAAUGCCCAGGAGAAGGAACAUGUAUUUCUAUACAAUAUUUGUGCGAUGGAGCCCCAGAUUGUCAAGACGGAUAUGACGAGGAUCCUCGGCUUUGUACAGCUGCGAGAAGACCACCCGUUGAAGAAACUGCUAGUUUUUUGCAAUCUCUUUUAGCUAGUCAUGGUCCGAAUUACCUCGAAAAAUUAUUUGGUAGUAAGGCGAGAGAUGCACUAGCACCUUUGGGUGGCGUUAACAUGGUAGCAAUUGCACUGUCUGAAUCUCAAACGAUUGAAGAUUUCGGAGCUGCAUUACAUUUAAUGCGUUCAGAUCUUGAGCAUUUGCGUUCAGUAUUUAUGGCAGUUGAAAAUGGUGACUUAGGAAUGUUAAAAUCACUGGGAAUUAAGGAUUCAGAACUUGGUGACGUUAAAUUCUUCCUUGAAAAGCUUGUAAACACAGGCUUCCUUGACUAAAGUGUUUAAGACUAAAGAAAAUUUAAAAAAGCAGUGUUUCUUAAUGAAAUAAUAUCCUCACUGCUAUAUUUUGCGCGGUUAAAAAAUAUUAAUAUACAUAUCUUUGAAUAUUAAGAGAUGUUAAAAA